CAGUGACAUAAUUAAUAUAAAGCCACUCACGCUUGCACUCGCUACAAAGAAAGUAGUCGUGUGUGCGUACCAGAAGUCUUAUUUGAAUUUCGUAUUUGAAAACAGCAACAACUCAAAACACAACGUUCAUUUUUCUCUGUAUCUAUUUUAAAUUAAACAUGCGUGGAAAUUAUUCUCUGAUGGUUUUCCUACUUUUUGGAAUUGGACUACACGAAAUUUAUUCUCAAAAACAAGAACUAUCAGGAAAGUGCAGAGCUCCCGAUAAAGCACCUUUAAAUCUUGAAAUAAUAAUUAAUAUUUGCCAAGAAGAAAUCAAAUCCGCAUUACUUCAAGAAGCUUUAGAUAUCCUUAAUGAUGGCACUUUGGAACAAAAUACACCUGCAAGCUAUAGUAGAUCAAAAAGGGACGCUGAUGAAGAUUUGUCAAACGAAGAACGUAGAGUCGCAGGGUGUUUGCUCCAGUGCGUCUAUAAGAAAGUGAAAGCAGUUGAUGAAACCGGCUUUCCGGUAGUCGAAGGUUUGAUGAAACUGUACAAUGAAGGAGUCCAGGACAGAAACUACUACAUAGCUACAUUAUCCGCAGUUAGGCAUUGUAUUUCAAUCGCACAACAGCUUAAACAGCAACAGCCCUCAAAAAGUUUUGAUGACGGACAAACGUGUGAUCUUGCUUAUGAAAUGUUUGAAUGUGUCAGUGAAAAAAUUGAAGAAAACUGCGGAGUCGAAAAUAAGUUGAAUAACUUAAGCCAACGUCAAGUUUAAAUAUUUUUUUUUUUACUGUAUUUUAUACAUACCACUGUACAUAACCAACUAUUUUUAAAUUGUAAUUAAUUAAUAUAGUCUUAUUUUAUUUAAAUUCAAAUUAAUUAUCGCAGCUGUGU